GAACCACAGAUGCUGGAGUUUAUCAGCUACAGAUCUCCAACAGUAAAGAAACACUAUACAAGAGAUUCAAUAUUUUUGUCGCUGUUCCAGAUCCGGGUCUGUCUGCUGGUUAUAUUGUGCUGAUUUGUCUUUGUAUACUUCUGUUAGUGGCUGCAGCUUUGGGUGUGAUGUGCUACAUGUUAAAAUACUCUAAAAAACAGAAAGAAAAGAAGGCCGUGUCAGUGAAGGAGGGAAAUUCUAUAACACUAAAAACCGGUGCAGUCGAGAUCCAGAGAGACGAUGAAGUGGUCUGGAUGUUUGGACCUCAAGAAUUGGUUAUUGCAGAAAUCUACAAAAAUGCCAGUAACAUUUCAUACCCCAAUGUUGAGCAAUUCAGAGACAAGCUACAGCUGGACCAUCAGACUGGAGAUCUGACCAUCAGCGACAUCAGGAUCCCAAUCUCUGGAGAUUAUCAGAUACAGAUCACUGGCAGUAAAGCGACAAAAACAAAGAGAUUCAAAGUUAUCGUACGAGAGGACACACGGAAAUUCACAGAAGGAGAAUAUGUCCGUCUGCAGACCGGUGUUACUGAACUUCAGAAAGAUGAUGAGAUACUUUGGAAUUUUGAGCCUAAAAAUGCCCUUAUAGCCAAAAUUGAUGGACAGACCAAUAAGAGCACUGUCUAUGAUGUUGGUGAUGAUGGAUUCAGAGACAGACUGGAGCUGGACGAUCGAACUGGAGAUCUCACCAUCACAAACACCAGAAGCACAGACUCUGGAGUUUACGAACUGCAGAUCAAGAGCAGCAAUAAAGUCUCGUACAAGAAAUUCAAUGUUCUUGUUUGGAUGAAUAAUCUGAAAUAUACAGUUGGAGAUUCUGUCACUCUACAAACUGGUGUUACUGAGCUGAGGAAUGAUGGCAGGAUACUGUGGAAGUUUAGCGAUAAAGACAUUUUAAUCGCCGAACUCAACCGAGCCACCAAUCAGACCUUAUUCUAUGAAGGUCCUGAUGGGAGAUUCAGAGACCGACUGCAGUUAAACCAGCGAACUGGAGAUCUGACCAUCAGGAACAUCAGCAGAGCUCAUUCAGACAUUUAUACACUUCAAAUCACCAGCGGCAAAAAGAGCAUAUGCAAGAGAUUCAGGGUUAUUGCCCACGAGAAGGAAUGGAGGGAGGUUCAGUCAUGCUACACAACGAUACUGAAAUACAAAAAGAUGAUCUGGUGCUGUGGACGUUUGGACCCGAAGACAGUCUCAUCGCUAGAAGUGAAAUAAAUAAAGCAUGUUUCUGUACAUAUGAUGGCAAUGAAGGGAAAUUCAGAAACAAACUGAAACUGGAUCA